AGCGCUUUCGCUUUCGCACACUCCCUUUUUUCGUGCGCAAGCUGUUCCCGUUGGUCUCUUCCCUCUGCACUACACAUUCACAAUCCCACACUCUCUCACUGUGCCAUCUCUCAUCAUCUUCGCAAUCGCACCCUUCCCAGAUGGCUCUGCAAACAGCUACUCCUCCAACUACUCCCAGUGCCCAAGUUGUUGGUAAUGCAUUUGUUGAGCAGUAUUACCAUAUUCUUCACCAUUCGCCGGAUUUGGUCUAUCGGUUUUACCAGGACUCUAGUGUGAUAAGCCGUCCUGAUUCCAGUGGUGUGAUGACAUCAGUUACGACCAUGAAAGGCAUUAAUGAGAAGAUUCUAUCACUAAAUUUCAAGGAAUUUAAAGCAGAGAUAAAGACUGCAGAUGCUCAAAAAUCAUACAAGGAAGGAGUGACUGUUCUGGUGACUGGAUGCUUGACUGGCAAGGAUAACUUAAGAAGAAAAUUUGCGCAGUCAUUCUUUCUUGCUCCACAAGACAAUGGCUAUUUUGUUCUGAAUGAUGUUUUUAGGUAUGUAGAAGACCAUGAACCAUCAGAACUGCCUCCAGUUACUGGAGAUGGUGAUGCAGCUGCUGUUACAGUAACACCAGAACCAGAACCCAGUCAUUUUGCUGAUUCUUCUGCACCAGACCCCACAAAUUCUCAUGUGAACAAAGGUCAAACUGUUGCUGAGAAUGCUUAUGAGCCAUCUAAUCACCAUGAGAGACAGAUACCUGUUGAGAAUGUCGACAAUGUAGAACCACAUUUUCAGUCAAAUGGUAAUGAUGAUUCUCAGGCCACAGAAUUGGCUUCUUCAGCUCAAGAGAAGAAGUCUUAUGCAUCUAUUGUGAAAGUCCAAAAAGAGGGUUCAGUUGCAACUAAAGUCUAUGUGCCUACUAAUACACUAAAGUCAGGGCCUAACAAAACUGAGAACAAGGUAGUUGAGUCAGUAGAAUCUACUGAAGUGUCUGAAGCAGCUUUGGAUAGUGUUAACAACCCUGAAAGUAGUGAUGCUCAUGAGGAAGUUGAGGGGCACUCCAUUUACAUUCGAAAUUUGCCUUUAAAUGUGACGGCUGCUCAGUUGGAACUGGAGUUUAAGAAAUUUGGGCCCAUCAAGCCAGGAGGCAUCCAAGUCAGAAAUAAUAAGCAGCAGGGAUACUGCUUUGGCUUUGUUGAGUUCCUAUCUCUAAAUUCCAUGAAUAGUGCAAUUCAGGCUUCGCCUGUUCCGAUUGGGGGGCGUCAAGCUGUAGUUGAGAUAAAGAGAACCACUACCCGGGUUGGCAGUGGCAUUAACAGUACUGGAAGACCUAGGAUCCCACCUGGUAGGGGUGGGUUACGAAAUGACUCUUUCAGGGGUCGUGGGAAUUAUGGUGGUGGUCGGGGAUACGGUCGAAAUGAUUAUGUAAGCCGUGGCGAGUUUUCUGGUAGAGGUCAUGGUCAUGGUCAUGGAGAAGGUUAUCACCAAGGGAGAGGGAGAGGUGGCCGGUCAAGUGGACAAAAACAAAAUGCUGUUUCCAACUGAAAUACUGGAUGAUUUUUGGGAGGUUGUUCUGAGACCCCCUUUUUUGGGUCAGUCACAAGCAUGGAUAUCCGUGGAAUUAUCAUGUCACCCUCAACCUUCUAAAGGUUCUCAUGUUUCUUUUACUGCAUUUGCACAGUUGUAGUAUUUCUAGUUGUUAUUGCUAUGAUUUUAGUGGGAUGGUAAUGAUCAGGAAUAGGUAUAGUCUUUUCUUUUUUAAAAUUCAAACAGAUGCUAUGACUGGAAUUGGCAGUAGGUUAACCAUCAGUCCUUUUUUAUUUGUUGCUAUGAUGCAACAUUUUUAUAUCUAAGUUGAGAUUUUAAUUUAAAAAGGGUUAUCAUUGGUUCCA